CCCAUGCUCCCAAUUCCCAAAUUAAAUGUCCCGCCUCCUCCCCAGCCGCCGCCACCUCUCCUCCUCCGCCUCCGCCGCCGCGGCCUGCCUCAUCGAGCUCGCCUCCCUCCUCGCCGCCGGCCGCUUCCACCGCUCCGUCGACUUCGCUAAGUCCCUCCUCCUCUCCUCCCACCCUCCCGCCGCCAACGUCCCCAACCUCUACCACGCCCUCACCGCCACACCCGCCGCCGCCGCCGCCUGCCACGGCGACCCGCCCCCUCGUUCCUUCCUCUGCGAUGCCGCCUCCGCCCUCGUCGUCGCCUCCGCGCGCCUCCGCCAACCCGACGGCGCGCUCCGCCUGCUCUCCCUUCUCGCCAGCGCGGGCGACGGCGCCGUGCGCGCGCCGCUGCCGUCCCUCUCAUCCUGCAACCUCCUCCUCGAGUCCCUGCUCUCCCUCGACCGCCACGCCGACGCGCGCGCCGCGUUCGGCGUCCUCGUGGCCGCCGGGGUACGCCCGGACACCUUCGCGUGGAACAAGGCCAUCCAGGCCUCCGUCGCGGCGGGAGACCUCGAUGAGGCCGUCGGCAUGCUGCGGCGGAUGGGCCGCGACGAAGGGGCUCCUCCGCCCGACGCCUUCUCGUACAAUGUGGUCAUCGCGGGACUAUGGAGGGCAGGGAAGGGCAGCGACGCCCUCAAGAUGUUCGACGAAAUGGCGGAGAGGGGAGUUGCGCCGAAUAGGAUCACAUACAACACGAUGAUCGAUGGGCACGUCAAGGGUGGGGACCAGGAGGCUGGUUUCAGGCUGCGGGAUCAAAUGCUCCAUGAUGGCCCAAAGCCAAAUGUCGUCACUUACAACAUCCUGCUAUCAGGGUUGUGCCGCGCUGGCAGGAUGGAUGAGACGAGAGCCUUGUUGGAUGAGAUGGCAUCGCAUAGGUUGGUGCCAGAUGGUUUCACAUACAGCAUUUUGUUUGAUGGUCUCACUAGAACUGGAGAUUCACAGACCAUGCUUUCUUUGUUUGGAGAGUCUUUGAAGAAGGGCAUCAUGGUUGGGUCUUAUACUUGCAGUAUCUUUCUGAAUGGUUUGUGCAAAGAAGGAAAGGUUACAAAGGCAGAACAGGUGUUGGAGAUGUUGGUGCACACAGGUUUGACCCCAACACGAGUGAUCUACAACACUCUAAUCAAUGGCUAUUGUCAGAUUCGGGACCUUCAAGGGGCCUUCUCCAUAUUUGAGCAGAUGAGGUCACGUCACAUUAGGCCAGAUCACAUCACUUAUAAUGCACUAAUAAAUGGUUUGUGCAAGGCAGAGAUGGUGACCAAAGCAGAGGAUUUGGUGAUGGAGAUGGAGAAUAGUGGAGUGGAUCUGAGUGUGGAAACUUUCAAUACACUGAUUGACGCUUAUGGGAGGGCUGGCGAACUUGAGAAAUGUCUCAUUGUUCUAUCUGAUAUGCAAGAGAAGGGUAUAAAGUCAAAUGUUGUCUCUUUUGGUUCAGUUGUAAAUGCUUUUUGCAAGAAUGGAAAAAUCCCAGAAGCUGUAACAAUCUUGGAUGAUAUGAUACACAAGGAUGUUUUCCCAAAUGCACAGGUCUACAACUCAAUCAUCGAUGCUUACAUUGAGUCUGGUGCCGUUGAGCAGGCUUUUGUUCUUGCUGAGAAUAUGAAAAAUAGUGGAGUAUCUGCAAGUAUAGUUACCUACAAUUUGUUGUUAAAAGGUCUUUGCAAAAAUUCACAAAUAGAUGAAGCUGAACAAUUGAUCUACAGCUUAACAAAUUACGGGCUGAGACCUGAUGUUGUCAGCUACAAUACUAUAAUAUCAGCAUACUGCAACAAGGGCAAUGCUGAUAGAGCAUUGGAGCUUCACCAAGAAAUGCACAAGUAUGGCAUCAAACCUACACAGAGAACAUACCAUACACUUCUUAGUGCAUUGGGUGGUUCAGGGAGAGUACAUGAUAUGGAAAGUCUGUAUCGGCAAAUGUUGCACAAGAACGUGGGGCCUAGCAGUAGCAUAUAUAGAAUCAUGGUCAAUACCUAUGCGAGAUUUGGCAAUGAAUCAAAGAUGGAAUCUCUGAAGAAGGAAAUGUCAGAGAAAGGAAUCACCAUUGAUGACACUGAAAGAACUAACUGUGAGCUAGAUAUGAGUAUAGAAAGUCCAAUUUGAUUGUAUUGGUUUGAAAGUAACAGGCUGCAGGGCUGCUUAUUGUGUUAAUAGAAAUAAAAAAAGACUUUCAGAGUUACAGUUCAAUUGUACAGAAACAAAAAGAAAUAGCAGUAUGCAGCUCAAAAGGAUGCUACAUGCUAGAAAACUCGUGCACCAUGCACCUGCUCCAUUACUUCCUAGGUUGCAAGGACAACAGCGGAUAUUAUUCUGAAAAUUUUGUCAUUGCACCUUACGGAUAGAAUGUUCUGAUAUUCAUUCACAACAUAACUUUCUAUUCACCAGAAGAGAAGGUGCAGUACAUCUCCAAGUAAGAUCAGCUUACCCUUCAUUCUUGAUUUGUAGUAGUCUCGGACCCUUGGAGGAUACUUUUUCCUAGAAGAUCUCAGUUCCUUAAAUGAGUGAACUCAAGAGUGUUGGCUGCCCCCAUAGUGGCUGGCUGUAAAAGGUAAUUCCGUCUAGAUUGGAGAUCAGUCACAAGUUCAGGGAAAUGCAUAGCAGCAUGGCAACUGCAAACAGUAGAGUAUGGAGGCCUGGGUGUUCUACAUCUAAAGCUAGGUGGUUGUGGUUUUGCAGCUGAGAUAGAUCUCGUCGCAAAAGGUACAUUAUGGGCACAAUUGUAAAUCUUUCCAAAUUGAUUUUGAGCUUAAUUUCCAGCCAUGUUUGAUACCUUGCCAAGGGUCCACAUUGAUGAUGGAAAAAUUGCUCAUAGAGGCACCGCAAUGAGAAAUGUAGCACCCAACUUACAUGAGCUUAUUACUAUUAAAACAAAGAUGCUGCAGAUGGUCAAACAAAUUCUUCACCAGGAAUAGUGGAUCAGGGGUAUUAUCAGCCUGUUGUCAGUGCAAGCUUAAUCAACAUAGUAAAUCUUCACGGAAGGGCAACACAGGGCAUCGAUGAUGGACAUGCUCAGAGGCAGGUUUGGACACCAGAGCAUAUGGGCUAGAGUUACAGAUUAUGCAAUGACUGGCGACCAAGAAACUGAAACAGCAGGCCACCUUCUUACCAAACGUGUCUUUGGCUCUUUGCUAAGCAAAUGUUGAAUUGCUGUAACCUUCAGGUGAACCUUUAAGAUUGGUGGUUACUCCUAAGAUGAUUGGUGCAGAAAGUCCGUUAUCAGCUGUGCGAACAAACCAGGUGAGAAGAUCAUGACUGCAAAGACUGGACGGUAACUAGUGCUAAGCACCUUUGUAGACUGAAGUUGCAACCAUAGUCUGCUUAUCAUUUUUUCGCUUCAGGUAUCUGCCAGGGUGGUUUACGUGAGUAGGCAUCUGGUGGAUUUCAUUAUUUGUUGAUAUUUAAUACUUUGGAUGCGAAAUAACUAUAUGAACAACGCAACAAGCUAGUGUUAUUCACUGAACCAAUGCCAGAAGGGGAAAAAAAGAACAUACUUUGUUUUUUAUAGAGUAAGAGUUUUCAUCUUA